UUUGGCACUCUGCUCUCUUCAUUCAAACAAAUUUUUCGUUCUUGCGUGGCUAAGCAGGUAUUUUAUUUUCUUCCUCUUUUCGAUUCUAUCUUACGGAAUAGGCCAUUUUUUUUGUAGAUUCUAUUUAUCAGUAGUAGAAGGAGAAGAAGAAGAGUUUAGAAAUAUAUGGCGAUUUCUUCUUUCUCGGCUUCAACAAUUUCUUCUUUGAAGACACCGCAGUCACAGUGGAGUGCUGCCAAUUUGACUUCUUUGUCUUCACUGAAGUUUCCAGUGCAGCUUCAGAGGCUUCAGUUUGGGAUCAGAGGGAUUUCCUCUCCUUCUAGGUCUCGAAUUUUUUCUCUGGUUGCAGCAAAGAAGCAAACAUUUUCCUCCUUUGAUGAGUUGUUGGCAAAUACCGACAAACCAGUGUUGGUUGACUUCUACGCAACCUGGUGUGGUCCUUGCCAGUUUAUGGGUCCUAUUCUUGAUGAAGUCAGUGCCGUCCUGAAAGACAAAAUCCAGGUGGUGAAAAUUGAUACUGAGAAGUACCCUAGCAUUGCUGACAAAUACAGAAUAGAGGCAUUGCCUACAUUUAUCUUAUUUAAGGAUGGGAAACCUUAUGAUCGCUUCGAGGGUGCUUUGACUAAAGAUCAAUUUGUUGAACGCAUCGAAAAUUCACUGCAAGUGAAGCAAUAGUUAGUACACGUUGUGUUUUCCCUUUUAAGUCUGUCCCUUGCAGAAUGCAUUGUGAGACCCCAUAAAUAAACUCAUUCCCUUUUUUGGCCCUCAGGUUUUAUGAGAAAUGCAGAUUGAAGCUAUUAUGUAUGAAUUAUUGCUUACCAGGAAGACCACCCGAAUGCUCCCCUUCCAGAAUGCUGUAAUGACUGUUACUGUACCUAAAAAGAGUGACAAACACAAAUUCUAAUGGCAUAUUUGUUUGUAAGUCUUGGAAAUUCUGCAAAAUGGUUAUGCUUGUUUUGAAACAUUGAUAAGAGAAGAGAAGUUGUGCUA